GUUCUUACUUAGGACUUUAUUAAAAACAUUACAAUGGCUACACCAUUCCCUGUGCCAGCAGUGACUGACAACCCCGAUGGCUGGGGCCCAUGCACCGUCCCCGCUCACUUGAAAGACAUUCCCUUUGCGCCCUUCAACAAGGGGGAUAAACUAGGCAGGGUUGCGGAUUGGACCCAGGGUGCUUUCGGCCAGAAGUAUGCUGGCCGCGGCUACCAGCAGGGCGGUGUACCGGUGUUUAACUUCUUUGCUAACGAGGAGGAGGAGUCAUUCCAUUUGGUGGACAACCGGCCAGUCAAAACUACUAAGUUCGGCGGUCCCCGACGAUUUCAGCAAAACCAGCGCUUCCAACAGCAGAGGCGCGAUGGCAAGGAUGGCCGCGGUUGUCCAGAAGGAGAUAAGAAGAAAGGUGGACCCCAGCAGCAAAAGAAGCAGCAGUUCUAUGGGCGCGACAACCAGCGGCAAACGCAGUACAGCAGCAGUGUGGAGAUCGGCGCCGACUGGCAGGUCAUGGAGCAGAUCUCCACCACCAGCCUGUCGCGCCUCAACUACAGCCCCGGCGAGCCGGAGGACCUCCUGGCGUGCGGCUCGCUCGAAUACUACGACAAGUCGUUCGACAACCUGGCUGUGAAGAAGGAGAAGCCGCUGGAGAAGACGAAACGCAUCUUCCGCUCCGUGACCACCUCGGACGACCCCAUCAUGCAGCAGCUGGCCGCCUCGGGCAAGGGCCGCGUGUUCGCGGUGGACUCCAUCCUCACGCACCUCAUGUGCAUGCAGUCCUCCAAGUACGGCUGGGACCUCCUAGCCACGCGCAAGGGCGACAAGCUGUUCUUCGACUGGCGGCAAAGCUCCAAAUUCACGCUACUCACCGUCAACGAGACGGCCCCAGAGGCUGUGCCCGAGGACAAGGACAACAUCAACGGCAUGCACCAUCUGGCCCUGGAGGCCACCGCACUCAACCAGAACUUCUCACAGCAGGUUCUCAUCAAGGACGGCAACAAGAUGGACUUUGGGCAGCCCAACCCCUUCGCCUCCCCCAGCGAUGCCGGCAGCCUGGCCAGCUGCGCGUACAAGUACCGCAAGUGGCGGCUAGCCGGCGGCGCCGACGCGCCCGAGAUCGUGGUGCGGUGCGAGGUGGACGGAGCUCUGCGCACCGCGGAGGGCGCCGCGCCGCAGACGGUGCUCAUCAAGGCGCUCAACGAGUACGACAUGAAGAGCCAGGACUACCGCAAGCGCUUGGAGAACCAGAAGGGCGCCGUACUGCUGUCGGAAACCAAGAACAACAAGUUCAAGGUGGCCAAGUGGACUGCCUCGGCGCUGCUCAGCGGGGCCGACCAGAUCAAGCUGGGCUUCGUGUCGCGAGCCACGCCGCGUGACGUGUCCAACCACGUCGUGCUGGCCAUGCACGCUCUCAAGCCCCGCGACGCCGCCCGCUCCAUCAGCCUCGACAUGGACAACUGCUGGGGCAUUGUACGGGCGCUCUGCGACAUGCUGCUGGGGCUGGAGGAGGGGGCAUACCUGCUGGUCAAGGACCCCAACAAGGAGCUCCUCCGCGUGUACAGCGUGCCCUCGGACGCCUUCGCCGCCGUGUCCGCCGCGGACCAGGAGGAGGAGCUGGAGGGGGUGGACAUGGGCGGCCAGCGCCGCGGUGUGGACGUCACGGUGCCCAUCGUGGCCGCCGUCAGGUCGGAUGCGGUGGCCGGGGACGCGGAGGACGUCUGAGGUGGAGGCGGCUGCGGCGACGGGGCACUUCACGGUGGUGGAGGCGGGGGUCUGUGGGGCCGUGGCUGUGUUCCCGGGAGGGAUUAGGUGUGUAAGAGUUUAGGCGGGCUGUGCGUGUGUGUAUGUGUUGCUGUGACUGCGUGGGGGUGGGGGAGAUUGCGGCCGCAUGGCCAUGACUAACCAGGCGGAAUGGCUGGCUGACUGGCUGCCAGGUACGCUUUGUUCGUGGUUGGAUAGGAUAGUGGGUAGGUGUUUCUGAGGAUUUGCUUACAGGAGCCGUAGGGCCGCUUUUGUGCUCUCCAUGUGACGGUGGCGGCACGCUGGUUAUAGCAGGAAGCAGACAGCACGAGGUGUUGAGGCGGAGGGGCAUAUGUAGCUGGGUGGGGCACGGAGCCAACACGGCCGACGUCCCUUGACAAGGGUGUAGGGGUUGCAGACUUGACUGGAGAGAGAGAUUGGUUACAUAGGCAGCAGGUUACAUGACUUUCGGGUGUUCCUCUUGACACGGUUCUACGAACGAUCGCAGGAUGCCAUGCCAGCUGCUGCAGGCAAUGG